AUUGGACCACACAAAAGUACACAAAAGUAGGCAAUUAUCGCCUAUUUAUCGAAAUAUUUUACACGAAAAUAGAAAAUGUGAGCCAUCGCACAACCUGUGAGUGAUUCGCGCUGCUCAAAGAGCGAUUAGGUGAAUCAUUCUAGACAAGGCGAAACGGAAAAAGAAGAAACGGUGGGUUGUGUUUGUGGAGGAGUGCGAAAUGUUGUGCGAAUAACAACAUACGAAAGUGACUUUUCACGGUAAAAGUGAGGGUGGAACACGAAACUCUCCCAUUUUGGGAAUCAAGAAUCGUCAAGAAAGUGCCCCCCGUGAUCCAACACAAUAUGGAUACGUCGUCUGGAAGCGGCGCAAGUGGUGGUGUGGAGACAGACGGGCAUCAGCGCUCGGACAUCAUCUCCGGCGAUGGCGGUGGAAGUGGCCGCAAGCGGAAGUUAUCGAUCAGCGACGAAACGACUGCCCUAGAGCCACAUCUUAAGCAACAGCUGCUGAAAUCCGACUCCUGUCUGGAGCUAGCGUCACAGGAGGAGGCACGGGCGAACCUGCUGGAUUUGAGCGACGAAAUUUUGCUUCUGAUCUUUCAGCAUCUGGAUGGAAAUAGUUUGCUGCCGCUUUCGAGCACCUGCACCCGGUUGCAGCGCCUGGUCUACGAUAAAACGCUAUGGGUUGAAGCGAACUUCGAAACCUCUCGGCUAAGGACGAACCAAGUGUUGUUGCGCGUGAAGCGGCUGCAGCCCGUUACGAAGACCCUGAAGCUGCGUGGAAUGACCAGCGUCUAUCCGGAAGAGCACUGGAACGUACCGACACUGACGCCGGCGAUACUGCAGACAAUCCCUGCGCUGUGUCCGAUGCUAGAGCGCCUGGAGCUAACCGAAGCCUACCUGGAUAUGAAUGAAAUCAGUAUUAUGCUGUUUCCGCGCACACUUCGCACACUCGUACUACGGAAGUGUGCUCUAUCGGGGCAGAACCACAGCCAAGACCUGUAUCAAGCGACCCCGCACGUGAUCUCGUUUUUGACCAACAUCUACAAGCACCUUGUCCGGCUUGAGGAGCUGAGCAUAGAAUACUGUGCUUGGUUUGAUACGCACGAUUUCAUUGCGCUCGGGAAGCUGCCCGAGUUGCGCUACCUCAGCUUGAAAGGAUGCGUGAACAUCAAAGACAGCGUCCCAUACGCCAGUCUGUCGACGCGUUUCGGAUUCAAGAAGCUUCAGGUGCUGGACUUGCGUGACACUCCCAUCUCCGAUUCGGACGUCAGCUGCUUCAACAGUGUGAAGUCGUUGCGUGAACUGUUGCUCGAGUGUCCAGAACAUCUUCGCACUGAGGGUGGCCUACAGGAGUACAAUGAGGCCGAAAGGCAACGUGUGAACCAACUGCAUCGCCUGGUUGAGCCAGCCGUGCACCUGGUACGUCGGAACGAUGCAGGCGAGCCUGUAGCACACGCAGCAGCAGCAGCAGCAGCAGCAGCAGCAGCAGCAGCAGGGGCGGCACCAGCACCAGCAGCAGCACCAGUAGCACCGGCGGCACCUGAUGCUGCAGAAGAAGGUGCAGAGCCUCCCAAUCUACCGCCACGCCACGGUUUGGUAGAGAUUCGGCUUCUCGGUGAUCAGGGCGUAGUGGUGCACAACUAUCCUAUUGCGUUCGGACGCCGACGGUCACCUCCUCGGGCUUACGUAUACCGCCAUCUUCCCGAACCCGUGGCAGAAGUGGCAGCACCUGCGGCACCACCAGUGCCAGCGGAUCAGCUACUACGGGUAAAUCCUGCUGCCCCACAGCAACAACCAGUGGCACCUCCAGCAGCGCCAGCCGCUGCAGGUGGUGCACCGCUCGCGCAGGAUGGAGCCGAAGCCGCCGAGAAUAAUAUUAACAAUAACAAUAAUGUGGAUCGCCAGCACAUUGUCCGCAUCGUGAAUCGCGAUCUGUUUCUACAACGCCAGAUGAUGGACAGGGAUGAUCCACGCCGUUUUCUGCGACGUCCUGUGGAGCGCAUUCAUCGAGCCUAUCAACAGAUUUUCGACGGCAACAAUAACAAUAAUAAUAACAACAACAACAACAACAACAACAACAAUAAUAAUGGGCAGAAUGCGCCGCCGUGGGUUCCUCAGGGUGCGGAACCGGCGAUACCGCAGGAAUUACCCGAAGGUGUUGUAGUCAGGGUAGAAGGCAUUGGUAGAGCUAGAGCUGAAGCUGCAGCUGCAGCUGCAGCUGGAGGUGGAGGAGCACCACAACCUCCACCACUUCCACCGCCUCCACCAAGGGCGGCGGAAGAGGAGCAACCAAAUAAUGGUGGCGCCGAUGUUGCGCCGGAGCGCGCAGCAAUAAAUGUACAAUUCCGGUACAAUGCUUCGGCCAACCGACUAGUGAACAAUAAUCCCCAGCUUGGCCCACAGCUGCAGCAGAUAGAGCAGCGGAUGCAGCGGGCAGUAGAGCUCCGACUGCAACGGAUGGCAGAUCAGCAGCCGGCUGUGCCACGCCUAAACCCUCGGUUAAUUCCGCACGUGAUAAUUAUCCCGGGACCAGAGAACAUCCCCGAUAUCAUUCACCGACCGGGCAACGGAAACCAUCCGCAGCUGUUUAUGCAAGCCUCGAACUAUGUAUCGCUCGUGAGUGAUCGCAGCAUCUGCUCGUACGGCGUCGGUCGUAACCAUGCGCUGCUCGGUGGUAUGCCGCUUGUACUGACCGGUCUGGAGCGGCUUUCCGUACGCAACUACAAACUGGUGACGGACACGUCACUAGAACACUUGGAAUCGGCGGCCCCACAUCUGCAGCUGCUCGAUGUCACUGGAACUUCCGUCACCGCUAAUGGGGUCCGGAGUUUCCGACUUUCUCGUCCCAGUUGUACGGUCGUAUCGGACCACGAAAGUACUGCGGGACUGUCGACGGCGCGAAACGAAGCGGAGCAGGAACAACAACCGCCUGCCCCUCCGGCCCCUGCUCCUUAGUUCUCCCUGAGGAACCUUAAUCGCAAGCAACAAUCGUGAAAUGUGUUGUUUACUCUCCCUCCCCACAAUGUACCCGUAACUGCCAAGCUUCUUCGAGUUUAUUGGAUGAUGUAGAGAGGAUGCUUAACAUAAAUGUUUGUGUUUCCGGGACAUUUGUAGGAUUAUGUUUCUCCAAAACGAAUGAUGUUUUCUGUUCCUUGCUUUUACAUCUAUAUAAAUCUAAAUAUAUCGUAUAGAAUUAUGCGAAUCAUGGUGA